CAACCCUCCCCACCUACCUCGCCGCGAAAACGCCGCAGAUCUUCAUCGGCUGACUCCGGACGACGGCGCAAGCGUACCGCUUGGGCUGCACCGUACAAUGAUGCCUACCGCCUCUUGUACAAUGAUUUUGUGCAGACCAUUGCAGGGAACCACAAAAUCCCGGUAGUAUCAACUUUGAAGACUUCUCAGCUAGGUGCGACGGUGUGGACGGCCAGCGAAAAAGAGGCUUUCUUUGCAGCUGUAGAAAGACUCGGGAAAGAUAAUCUGCCCGGAAUAGCUGCAGCCAUCGGGUCAAAAAGCAUCUUUGAAAUACGACAUUUUCUUGUACUCCUUGAGGAUGCAUACAUUGACCGCGCCGGCAAGCGGGACAUCUCACUAGCCGAUAUUCCAGCCGCUGCAGAGGUUGGCUUCAUCUGUGAACGCCAGCUAGAUGCAGCGGGCGACACUCUCGCCACAAAGCAAGAGCGUUUCGAAGCUACUCAAGAACAGAAGCGGUAUGGUGAGCAUUGGCUCAUCACGUCUGAAUUGGCCGGGGAAAUUGAAAUUGCUGCAAAAGGUUUGCGUGCUUCCGUGCCAGUCGAAAGCGGGGACGAUGACGACGGUCUGCACGCCGCGAGUGAUGCACCAUUGCUCCGAGAGAUACCUGAAGCGCGUCUCAUCAUCCCGAAGUCGUUUCUUGAGCUAUCGCGGAAUUUGUUCAUGAAUUCGUCAUCCAAUACAUCUUAUCCUUGGCCGAACUGGCGAAAUCUAGCCUCUGACAUCACGCCUGAGCCUUGCAUGUACCGCACUGCUCUUCGCGAUUUUCACACCUUGGUACUGUUGUUGACCAAGCGUGUCAUGCAGACCGCACUUAUUCAAGCAACAUCUAGAAUACGUGCUCAAGGCUGGCGCGCCAAGAAAGGUGUCAAGCUGUUUGUAAGGUCAAGAGAUGUUCACACUGCAGUUGAUCUGUUAGGCGUCAACGCAAGCAGAAGACAAUUUUUUCGAGAUGUCCCGAGGCGUUGCAGACUAAGAGUCACAGACGGAAGGUAUAAAGCCCGUGUCCUCCGCUGGGACGAAGUUGAAAGAAUCCUUGAUUCUACAGAGAACAGGUCGACACCUCUGGACUCGGAUACGGAAGCUGAAACACGCACAACCCAAGCAGAGCAAGUGCAAUUCAAGUUCAGGGCCGCUCGAAGUGGGACGCCCUUGCCUCUAGCCAGACAAUCCAGUACCGAUGAAUCUGCAGAUGACCAUGCGGGAAGCAAUGCCGAGUCGCCUGCCGAGGGUACAGAUUCUGACGGCUAUCAAGCUUUAGAUGAUUCGUUCGAAGCUUCUGAUGCCGAUGCUGAAGCAAAAAGCGAAUCAGGUUAUGAUUCUUCCGAAGACGAACUGAAAGGACUGGAAGAGUUUGAUAGAGAAGCGAGCCGGCUAGAGGAACGUCGAUUGUGGUCGGUAUUAGGCGACGCUCCUGAAGAUCCAAAAUCCGCGCCUGAAACGACAUAUGAUCAAUUGAUCCGCAAGAUUCCACGCCGAAGAAAUAGGGCCGAGGGCAACGAGUGGCGAAACUGGACGAAUUACCACCCUGAAUGGGAGGAGACGCGUUCACGAAUACCCGAGAUCAACUUUCUUGCCAACCAAACAUCACCUAGUUCUUCACGGAGUUGGGACCUAGCUACAGACUACGAGACAGACUAUGGUGCCGAGGCGGGCGUAUCACCGGGUGGAGAUCACAAGUCAAAGAAGAGAUUACCUCUACGUAUUGUUGAAGAGUUACCUCUUCGAGAUCCCCGAUCAUACGCUGCUUUACGGGGCAAGCAGUCAGAGUCAGCGCAGCGCGAUGCUGAAUCGGAUGCUUCUGAGCACGAAGCCCAAAUACCAGCGCAGUCAAUUGAACUGGUCAACGAG